CAUGAAUCCCCGUAAACAUCUCGAAAAGAGAGAACUAGAAAUUUGUGCGAAUUUUCAUCAUUUUUAUGUGUCUUCAAGGCGGUAUUCCAUAGUUUUCGGGAAUGGAGAGUGGCCUGAAGCUUGGUAUCGUUUAUAUUGGAAAAGCAGGUGGAAAGCAUAAGUAUUGUCUUAUCGAUGAAAAAGACAUCCCUUUGGUUAAAAGAUUUAGAUUUGAGGCCAAGGUUGACAUUGACCGUGAUGGUAAUGGUGCAAGAAUUUAUGCUUAUGCCUUUGACAUAACUAAGGAUAAAUCAGGGUGCUACUUCCAUGAUUACAUUUGGGAGAGGCAUUGUGGUGGAAUUGCACCAGGUUUUAAGGUUUUUCACAAGAAUGGUGUUACUGUAGAUAAUAGACUUUGUAAUUUGUUUGUGAUGCCAUAUGAUAGCAAAUUUAGAGGGUGCCAACAUCAGAAAUCUGGAUGUGGUGCUAAUGAGCCUAGCGACGACCAGAAUCUGUACUGGACAGCAGUAUCCAGAUUACCAGCGUUUGAGGCACAGGAUGAGCAUUAUAUCAAUGCAAACUUCAAUAAAUUCUACAAUGCCAAUGGGGAAUUGAUAAAGGAAGAAGAUGAUUCUUCAUCAUUCUAUGAAUGCCACUUUGCUCCUUGCACAAGAAUGGAGAGUGAGCUCCAAGAGUUUAGUAUUUGUGGCAGAUGUCAACAAGUGAGAUACUGUGGAAUACUAUGCCAACAGCGAGACUGGCCGAGCCACAAGAAGUACUGCAAGGAGCGUGCCCGCCAGCGUUUCCUUGAGAGCCCGCCAGAUCGCUAGCUGCUAUAUUAUAUUUAUAAUGUACAUAUUAUAGGAUUCAAAUAGCUCUUGUAAGAAGCUGUUUUAUGUGAGAGUUGUGCUCAUAACGGUGCUAAAUGAUGUUUCUACCAUGCAUUCUUAUAACAUGGCCAUAUUUUUAUAAUAAUAGGCUAGCAAUGUUCAUUUAGUGAAACAUCCCUCUCUACAUCUUUUUCUUUUUUACUCGCCAAUAACAUAUCCUAUUUUUAUGGUUUUGAUGGAUGUGCCUUCAUUUUUGUCUCAGAUACAAAACUUACAGUAUUUUACAAAGGCAAUGAAUAAAAAUGAAAUAUCAAGAAAAGCCACAGCCAUGUGCUCACUUGAGCCCAAAACCAAAUUUACUCAAUUCCAUACAUUUCCUGCAAAUCUGAAACUGCUAUUGCUUUGUGUUCCCUUGAUUGUAUUACCAAGUCAGCAGUUUCAAAAGGUAACUUGUUCAGUGAUUGCCCUUGGCUACCAUCACAGUCCACUUGAUGUAUAGAAAUUUGGAACAGUAUAUUUUUUUGUGGAUGUUUGCAUAAAUUGUUUGGCAAGAGAUUCUUUCCAUAUGAACACAACUUGUCCCCAUGCUUUAUAAGCAUAAAAACUAACAGAAAUCUACCAUGGAUGUGAAUAUAAAGCAAAUCUGAUCAAUUUAGGCAAUGUUUUCUGAUUGUUUGCAAAUAGGCUCAGCUUGGUAAAGACAUGUUGUAGAUAAGGCAUAGUAAAGAGUAAAUUUAUGCUUUCUGUGUUA